AUGUAUCCCUUCGACUACCUUGACCACCGCCGCGCCUGCACGGCCAAGCAGAGUCAACGCGAAGCUCGGUUCGCCGCACUCCCAGACGCGUACAAGGGCCCGUUGACAUCGCAGCAACGGUCUAUCCUCAAUGCGCCCAUCUCGUCGCUGGUCAGCGACGUGCAAAAUGGCGUCCUCUCGCCUGUCGACAUUCUGCGCACCUACGGCAAGACGGCUUCGAUCGCCCAUCAACGGACCAACUGCGUGACCGAACUGCUCCUUCCUGAGGCCGAAUCGUGGGCCAAGGGCGACGUGAAUCUGAAGGGCCCACUCGCUGGGAUACCCGUAUCGUUGAAGGACAGUAUUGUGGUCGGAGGCUUUGAUACCUCGGUUGGAUACUCGUCAAAAACGUUCAAGCCUUACCCCGAGGACGGGAUUAUGGUCAAGCUCCUCAAGCGAGCUGGAGCAAUCCCGCAUGUGAAGACAGCGCUGCCCAUCACUCUCCUCUCGUUUGAAUCCACCAACGAUCUGUGGGGUGUUUGCAAAAACCCUCACAAUCCCAAAUACUCGCCUGGUGGCAGCACAGGCGGUGAGGGCGCUCUGCUCGCUCUGAACGGGUCCAGAAUCGGAAUCGGGUCUGAUGUAGCAGGUUCGGUGCGAGCGCCUGCAGCAUGGUCUGGUAUCAAUUCCCUCCGUUGCAGCACCGGCCGGUGGCCCAAGAUGGGCAUGGACACAUCCAUGCCGGGCCAGGACGGCAUUCCUUCCGUCUUCUCGCCGAUGGCCCGAACACUGGAUGAUCUGACUUACUUCACCAAGGCCUUUAUCCAGAUGAAGCCGUGGGAAGUCGACUACACCGUCCAUCCCAUCCCGUGGCGCCAGGAGCUGUACGACGCCACCUCCGAAUCGAAGCGUCUGCGCGUCGGUCUCAUGACCACGGAUGGGGUCUGCAGACCGGCUCCAGCCAUUGCGCGCGGCCUAGAGCUCACGGCGGACGCAUUACGGGCUGCUGGUCACGAGGUAGUAGAGAUUCCGGUCCCAUCGUUCCCGUCCACGGCGACGCCUGCUCUAGGGCUACAGAUUGCGUCCGUUCUACUCUGUGGUGACGGCGGUAAAACGUACCGCUCGUUCUUCCGCACGGGCGAAUCCAACGACCCAGCAGGGGCUCAGAUCAACUUCUACCAGUCCCUCCCCCGACCUUUCAAAUACCUGUGGUACCUCUGGACAAGAUACGUCAAGCGCGACCCACUAUGGGCGUCUCUCCUGAGAUACUUCCAUCCCCUGACUGACGUUGAGCACUGGAAAUGGGUCUCGAAACGUGAAGCCUUCCGUGCCACCUGGUUUGAGUGGUGGGAUCAGCCAGCACAGAAGUUCGAUUUCAUAUUAUGCCCCGGCAACGCGACGCCCGCGCUGCCGCACAAAGCCAUGCACGACGCCGUCUCUAGCUGCGGUUACACCUUCCUCUGGAACCUGCUGGACUACACGGCAGGCAUUGUGCCCGUGACCAAAGUGGAUGGCGAGAAGGAUCAGUUAUCCAAGACCUUUAAGCCGGCCAACGGCGUUGAAAAGGGAGCGUACAAGUACUAUGAUAGUGCCCAGAUGGCCGGCCUACCCUGUGCUGUCCAGGUCGUUGGGCGGCGGCUGGAGGAGGAGCAGGUCCUGGCGUAUAUGAAGAUUGUCGAGGACUCACUGCGCGCCGCGGGCACCGUGUAUGAGCAUCUGGACAUUUAA